UUUCUGUUUGUAUCAUCGCCUCUCUCUAUGAGGUUAUGAGGCGGAAGUCGCCGGCCUCGUGUGUGCAGCACUACUGUGCUUAAUUUCGUAUUUUAUUUGUAUUGUAAAGAUAUUUCUAAUUCUUACAAUAAUUAGUAAUAUGGCAGGGAAAAGUGCGGAUAGCGAUGCAUCGCAAAUUCAAAUACGUUUUACUACGAAACAACAACAUUAUGCGGUACCAGAUUUUCCUCUCUCCGUACCGGCUGCGAUUAUCUCUACGGAACUUAACUCACUCGUAAACGAAUUGCUAAAAGAGUCGAAAGGCAUUUCACAAGGAACGCAAUUUGAUUUUCUUGUGUGUAGAGAAUUUCUGAGGACCUCUCUGCUAGAACACAUCAACGAACGAGAACUGUCGACCGAAGAAGUUGUUGACGUUGAAUAUUUUGAAAUAUAUCCACCGCCUGAACCACAAGAUUGUCUUAUACACGAUGAUUGGGUUUCCGCUGUUGCAGUUUGUGAAAAAUGGAUUCUUACGGGUUGUUACGACAAUACUUUACAUCUCUGGACGGCAAGGGGGAAGCAUCAUCUUACAAUACCUGGUCACGCUUCGCCUGUAAAAGCAGUUGCAUGGAUAUCAAUGGACCUUGAGAUUGGGAGAUUUGUCAGUGCGUCUCAGGAUCAAACGGCUAUCAUAUGGAAUUGGAACAUAGCCAACAAUUCGGUUGAUCAUGUACAUAUUUGUAGAGGACAUUCGCAGAGCUUGGAGGCUGUCAGUGUGAGUUACGACGGUUCAACAAUGGCCACUGGCUCUUGGGAUACCAUGAUCAAAAUUUGGUCAACGCUGACUUAUGACGAAAACGACGAUGGUGAAUCAGCAUCGAAAAGAUCGAAAUCGGAGUACGGAAAAACACGAACUCCAAAGAGAACAAUGAAGGGCCAUAAGGAAGCGAUAAGUGGCGUGGCGUGGUCGGACACUGCCGAAAUUAUAACAUCUUCGUGGGAUCACACUCUGAAAAUCUGGGAUUCCGAAUUGGGUGGGAUGAAGCACGAAAUAGCCGGAAACAAGAGUUUCUUCGAUCUUGAUUAUUCGCGGUUGUCACGCACAAUUGUGACUGGUUCCGCGGACCGUCACAUCAGACUAUAUGAUCCAAGAUCCACAGAGGGUUCCGUCGUUAAAGCGACGUUUACCUCCCACACCCAGUGGGUACAAACGGUGCGAUGGUCAACGACCAACGAGUAUCUUUUUAUGUCCGGAGCUUACGACAACGGUGUCAAGCUUUGGGACACGCGAAGUCCAAAAGCUCCCCUGUACGACCUUACCGGUCACGAGGAUAAAGUACUCUGUAGCAAUUGGUCAAAUCCCAAGCUCAUGGUUUCCGGUGGAGCCGACAACACCGUCAGAAUAUUCAAGACGAAGCACGCGUUACCUUGAAAUUAUAUUCUCGUUAGAUACUGUAAUUUUUAAAUAUUUUUAAAAUAAUAUAUAAGCUCUGAUCACGAGUCUCGGCAAUUAUUUUUCCAGCACAGAUCCGAUCGAUUUCGAAAACCUUUUUUCUUCUGCUCUGUCGACACGAAAGAAGAAGAAGAAGAAGAAGAAGAAGAGGAAGAACAAAAAAAUUACCAUGGAAAAUACGAUGAAACGCGUUAAACACAAAGAUGUCCCCAAAAACAGAUCUUUUAUUUGAUUGAAAAAUAAAGGAUGAUAAUAAUUAGGAA